CCUUCUUGAUUCCUAUUGUCAUCUGACAGUAGACGUAGCUCGGGGCAGUGUUGCCUACGUCACCUCUGCUAUCUCCGGUGACGGCGUAUCACACCUUUAUCACGUAAUCGUCAAUGUCCAUUCAGAACCUUAAUCUGAUGAUGGAUAAACGACUUCAUUAUAGGCGAAUGGACGCACGUUCUCUGAAUCAGACACAGUUGUGGUUGUAGAUAAGUUUCUUAAAGACACCAAACCCUCGCGAGAUCAAACGUGAAGUAACAGAAAGAGGGACACUUUAUUGGCAGAGAGAGAGUGGAACAACCGGGUCGGGACGGUUGAAAAUCUUUUGAUGUUAUGGAGGGGAGAUGGGGGGGAAGGUAAUCUUAGGUUAGGCCCGCCCCAUUUAGUAUGCAUAUUCUCAGGGACAAUGCCACCCAUUUGCGAUGCGCAGCACACAAAGCCCUGUCGGGAUACCUGAGGUAAUUGUUCCCUCAGGUAUUCACUGUGUGUCCGGACAAUAUGGCGGGCCGCAAGUCGUCGUACAGUUUUGACAAGAUCGCCGAGAGGUGGCCGACGUACUCCGUCCACUACCUCGGCAGGGCGCAGGCCAAGGGCGAGGCCGGGCGGGAGUAUAUCCAGGAGCCGCUGGAGCUACUUCUUCGGCAGCAGAAGGGCAAGAAGCCCGAGAAAGUGUUGGUGGAGGUGUCGAGCGCGGGCAUAUUUAUGGAAAAGGCCAGGGGGAUGUUCAAGCGGAAAAGGGUUCAUCUCGCCAUAGACUCGAUUACGUACGGAGUGGAGGACAGUUUCCACGGACGUGUCUUUGCCGUCAUCACGACAAACAAUUCUCACAAGUCCAUGUAUUGCCAUGCCUUUCUGUGCGACACGAAGGAAACUGCGAAGGACAUGAAGUAUUGGCUGGGUCGUUCUUUUCGGAUGGCCUACCAGGACUUGGCGGAUGUGAAUCUACAGGACGGGCCUGACUACGCGUGGGCCAACGUGGACAUCGGACCGGGUAACAUGGGCUCUGUGCGGGCUCCUAGGAGCAGAGGGAAGCCUGCUGCCACUGGAUCACAGCCACAGCAGAACGGAAUAAUUCCGGACAAAUCUCCUCAGCCGGGAAGACCGACGUAUCCGACUCAGCCACAGCCGCAGGGCGGAGAGCGGCCACAACCGCCGGCCAGAGCGCCUAGCACUGCCCUCACGCACCAGGUGCCUACAUCGCACCAGAACGGACGGUCCUCUCCCGGCCCACAGAGGGUCCGACGCCCGGCACCUACUCCUCCUGUCGUGCAGGCUGUUUCAACGGCAGUGGCCUCGAGCUCAGCUCCGCAGGUAGCCCCGGCAGAACCGAUCUACUCACAGGUAAACAAGGCGGCGAAGACACAGAAACCUGGGAACACGGCUGUGGCUACGUCCCAAAACGGAACCCAGGAGAGCAAUAACCCCUCUUCUACUAAAAGGGUAACACGUCGCACCGUUGCAACUCAGACUUUGUUCACUUUCUUCGGGUAUCCCACGUUCACGGGAGACGCCGUCACGACGGCCAUGCCAAACGGAGACGUGCAGCCGGUGGUGAAUGGUAACUCGGGCAGGACAAGUCCGCACGUUUACCGGCGACAACCUUCCCAACAGCCGAACGGGAACUCAGGCAGGACCAGCCCGAACGCCUACCGCAGGAUACCGCCUGCGCCACAGCCAAUUAUCAACGGAAGCUCGGGAAGAACAAGUCCCAACGCUUACCGGAGGACACCGCCAGCACCCCAGCCUGUGAUGAACGGAGGACAGGGUAGGACAAGCCCCAACCUGUACAGAAGGGCGCCGCCGUCGCCAAAGUUAGGCACACCGAACGCCAACAACUACCCGAGGGCCCGUACGGCGUCACAAAACGAGUCAGGAUUCAGGCCCAUCGCCAGGAAGAUAAACAGACAAAGGUCGAACUCGUAUGACAACAUCGUGUACUUGCCCGCGUCAGGGGCGAAUUACUCCGUUGCCAACCCUCAGCCAACUACCCAACAGGUCCCGCAAACGAGUAACCACGUCCCAAGUGCACAGGAUGACGUCCAGGCGGCAAACGGUUCCAGAGCACCCGCUGCUUCUAGACAACAGGAGGAGCCACCUCUUCAUAACCCGAAGUUCAGCAUCACCGGCGUGACCACGAUUAAACGAGAAGAGGAACAGAGGGCAGAGAACAACAAUAACUCUGUACCACCCCAAACAAAUGGGUUAACAGUACAGCCAUACGAUAAAAGAAACUCCCUAGCGGACAGUGAGUCUGGUUACGAAUCUAUCAACUUUGGAGGGCCGAAACCUCCCGGGGCAGAUACUAGUAACGUGGACGUCACGACCAACGCGAACGGAAGGCCAACCGUGAACGUGGGGUCCAUCAGUUACGAGAUUCCCAAGGUGGCACCUCCACCAUUGCCAGCGAGGAACUCCCAAAAGGCGGAGAAGACCACAGCCAAUGGCAUCAAGCCUCUGAAGUCAGCCCUCAAGAAGCCGAGCACUUCCAGGGACGAUCAGGACGUCCAAGAAAAGAAACUGGUCAUUGUCGAGGACAACCCCAAGCGAAAAGGUCUUGGAGGGACCUUACCAAAGUCCUUUCGGGUCACCUUCUCCGAUACUCAAGCUAAAUCCGUAGAGUUCGAUGAUCACCUGUGACGAAGGUAUGCAUGUUUUCACCGUGUUCGUAAGCAAAUGUAUCGGUUGUCAAAGAGUUGCCAGAGAUAUAACGAAAGGUACAGAAGACGAGAGAAACAAGGACAAUGACUCAUUUCAAGACAAGGUCAAAACACGUCAGAACAAACUACAGUUAAGCGCCAUUUCCUGAGUAGUAGAAUAUCUACAACACUGGUGAGUGAAACAGCAAAGUACCUGUAUAUUACAGUAGACAUGGUCAUAUAUAUUGCAUUCUAAUAAUAAGAUCUGGUAAACUAACUCAAUCGCAGUAUUAUACAUUAUAGAAGGUACAGGUUUUAAUGUGCCCUUGUAUAGUGCAUGUCCAUGAUGCAACUUUUCUGACAGAAAAUGCAAUUUAUGAUAUGUAAUAUCCACUGUUGGCGUUGCCACUGGUAAAUACGAAACAUAUCAUUGCCAGACUAUCAAGAUUUUGUUCGCGUGGCUCCAAACAGUACCUGUUUGAUUACAAAAUACAACUAUGUUCUCCAUGUGUUUAUGUAUUUGUGGAUUUCUAACAAAUGUAGCAGGUCAUUGUUUAUGUUCAAGGUAACCAACCAGAACGAGAGACAAAAACCUCCUAGUCAAAACUUCUAAUGAUACAGAAAAUUGUGAUCGUAUCUGUACUGUUACUGACCAGAUCUUUAUGUUCACUAAGAUCUUAGUUUGACAAGUUGUAAAUUCUAAUAGUCUAGAGCAGUCCUGCCCUCCCUCUCUCUUGCUGUGCUCAAUCAAGCGUCACAGAUCCAAAACAAGCCACGUACUGCCUGGAAGGUAUGACAACAAAGCCCAUUCUGACCUGGCCGACCCAUAGGAAUGACACAAACAAUACAGAACAGGUCGUUCCACGUCGCCAUUUGAAAAUGCCGUUCUUCAAAGACGUAGGUUGCCACCCGAUCAAAUCGCGCCAACUAUUCUCUGUUUAAUUGGAGGUAAAAUCACCAGAUUUAGUUCAACCUUGGCUACAUUUUUGGAGGAAUUCACAUGUUCACA